UAAGGCAACCAAAAAUUUUCUCUAUCCUCUUCCUCUCCCUCCACACCUCUUCUCUUUCUCUGCAGUACCUCUACCUCUCUCUCUCUCUCUCCCCCUCCCUCUCAAUGGAUGCCCAAGGCGUCCUCCACGCUGUUUCUCUCCAUGCCCACCCUUCCUCGUCCAAGCCACUCUCGACGACCCAACUCCGAUUCUCCAACCCCCUCCUUGACCUCCAGAAAUGGCUCCCUACCUCUCCAAAGACCCUCAGAACCACCACCACGUUCCCCCGAAUCCGGGCGGCCAUCAGCCGCACAAAGAAGGAGGAGACGGUGGAGGUGGUGCGGCAGCAGCUGGAGAACUGCUACCUCAUUGCCGGAAUCAAUUAUCAGGGCUUGACGGUGAAGCAGUUCCAGGAGCUCCGGAGUUCACUGCCGGAAAGCGUCAAGCUCAUCGUUGCCAAGAACACCCUGGUCCAGAAGGCGGUGGAGGGCACGCCGUGGGAGGCUCUGGAGCCGUGCAUGAAAGGAAUGAACGCCUGGAUGUUCGUCCACACGGAGGAGAUCCCCGGGGCGUUGAAGCAGUAUCGAAAUUUCCAGAAGGAGAAGAAGCUCGACACUAAUGACUACACGGGGGCGGUUUUUGAGGGGAAAUUCUACGCACCGACGGAGUUCAAGGCGCUGGAGACAAUGCCCACGAGGGCGGAGAUCUACGCGAAGUUCUUGGGGGCGUUGCAGGGUCCGUCCUCCUCGUUGGUAAGCACAAUUCAGGCGCCGGCGAGGGACAUUGUGAUGGUUCUGAAAGCGUACGUGAAGAAAUUGGAGGAGGAGGGAAGUGGGCAGUGAUGGAGACAUCCUCUUUUGAUUCGUAAAGGCAGCUGCUUCACUGUGAGACUCUUUGUUGCUUGAUUUCUUAGUUAAGAAAUUAUGUAGUCUAUUUUGGCUUGUAAUUGAUUCAAAUUUCGUGUAAAAAAGGAGGAACUCCCUGCAAUUUAGUCUACGAUCUUUUGGCAUUCCA